GAGAGCAGCCAGAGAGGGAGAAAAAUUGUUUCACUUUCUCUCUUGUCAAACUGGCAAUAAACAUUUUUUUUUAUAGUCUUUAGUUGUCAAACUCGAUGACUAAAUAAUAAUAAUAAAAUAAAAAAAAUAUCAACAAUUGAUUUAUAAAUAAACGACAAUAACUUUUAUAAUUAUAUUGUUUUGAAUUUUAACUGUCAAAAGUUUGUUGAUAAUAUCAAUUUUGUUGUUAUCAUUUUUAGUUAGAUAAUAAUAAUAUUAAUAAAAUAAUGAUACUGAUAAACAAAUGAUUCAAUGUCUGUAAUUGUUGUUAUAAAUAAUGAGUUAGUUAUUUCUGAAUAAGUGAGUGAAAAAGUGAGUAAAUAAUGACAAUGAAAAUACUAUUAAACAAAUUGAGUUAUUAUGAAAUGUAAAAGUGUCAUCAAGAUCAAGUGUCAUCAAAGAAUAAACUUCAAUGACAUCAACAAAUCCAGAAUAUUUGUAAACUCAACACAAUCAUUUUAAGAGUAUGGAGUUUAAUGACAUCAAUAAAUGCAAUCAUCAACAUGAAAAUAGUGUUAAAAAUCAUACAAUAACAUGUAAAGAUUGCAAAUAUUGUUUAAUAUUAUAUUUUAAUUCAACAAAAAAUUAAUAACACAUUUAAAGAGUUAAAUUUAUCUUUAAAAAAGAGAAUAAAACAAAAUGGAGUUUAUGUUUUCAUGGAAAAAAUUAAAUUAUGAUUAAUCAAAUGUUAAUUUAACAUCUUGAAUUAAUUUUACAUGAACAAUAAUAUCAAAUUUGACAUCUAGAUAAAUUGAUGACAAAUUUUUCAAGUGUCAAUAUAUAAAAUUGAUGAAGAAUCAUCUUGACAGCCAAAAAAAACAAUCCAAAAUCAAAAACGAAUCAAUCAAGAUUUUUUAAUAGAAACAACAAAACAAUCAUUACAAUAAUUGUUUAUUAAUUAAAUAAAUUUUCCCCGCUAAUAUAUAUUGGUAGCCAAUCGAUAAUAAAAUUUUCAUUAUUAUCAAUUCAAGAGUGAUGUGUUAUUGUGUGUUAUUAAAAUCAAGAAGUUAUUAAAAAUUUUUUAACACAUUGACAGUAACAUGAACAAGUGUGCUGUUCGAAUAGCUCAAAAAUCAAAAAACUUUUAAUGAUUAUUGUGUAAAAUAUUAAUAGUUAAGUGAAGCUUUAUUUAUAAUAAAUAAAUUAUAAAUAUUUUUGUCAAUGAAAAUUAAAUGAUUCAUCAGACAUUUCACUGGCCAACACGAGAUAAAUCUACAUUCAGAAAUGGUGAAUGAAAUUAUAGAGUAAUAUAUUCAAGGUCAAGAUGUUGAUAAAAGAAUACAGGAUUCCAUUACCUUUGACUGUUGAGGAAUACAGAAUAGCUCAACUUUAUAUGAUAGCGAAAAAAUCAAGAGAAGAGAGUAAAGGCGUUGGCUCUGGUGUUGAAAUAAUUGAUAAUGAGCCAUAUACUGAUGGACCAGGUGGUUCUGGUCAAUAUACACAUAAAAUAUAUCAUGUUGGUAGUCAUUUACCUGGUUGGUUUAAAAGUUUAUUACCAAAAUCAGCAUUAACUGCUAAAGAAGAAGCAUGGAAUUCAUAUCCAUAUACUAAAACAAGAUAUACAUGUCCAUUUGUUGAAAAAUUUUCAGUUGAAAUUGAAACAUAUUAUUAUCCUGAUAAUGGACAUCAAGAUAAUGUAUUUAAAUUAUCUGGUAGUGAUUUACGUAAUAGAAUUGUUGAUGUUAUUGAUAUUGUUAAAGAUCAACUUUAUGGUGCUGAUUAUGUUAAAGAAGAAGAUCCAAAAGAUUUUAUAUCUGAAAAAACUAAAAGAGGUCCAUUAUAUGAAAAUUGGCUUGAUGAUUAUUGGACUGAAGUUAAAGAUAAAAAACAACCAACAUCAAGUGGUAAAUCAUUAAUGUGUGCAUAUAAAUUAUGUCGUGUUGAAUUUCGUUAUUGGGGUAUGCAAACAAAACUUGAAAAAUUUAUUCAUGAUGUUGCAUUAAGAAAAACAAUGGUACGUGCACAUAGACAAGCAUGGGCAUGGCAAGAUGAAUGGAUUGGUUUAACAAUGGAUGAUAUACGUGAAAUUGAAAAACAAACACAAACAAUGUUAAAAAGAAAAAUGGCUGCUGUUGAAGCUGGUGAAUUAAUUGAUGAUUUAAAUGAUAAUUAUGAUGAUAAUACAAAUUCAAGUAUAACACCACAAGAUAAAGAUGUUGCUAAAACACUUGCAGCAACACUUGGUAGUAUUGAAAAAAAUGAAGAUCCACAAUCACCAUUAUCAAUUAGAAAAACAUCUGAUGUACCAAUUGUUAAUACAAUUAUUGAUUCUGAAGGUGAUGCAACACCUGAUGAUUCACCAACAACACUACUUCCACCAAAAACUGAUGAUAAAUUUGAUAACAAAAAAAAUUGGAAAAGAAAUAGUCAAACAGCACAUUCACCAAAUACAACAAAAGGUUUUGAUGUACAAAUGGCUAAUUGGCGAAUGGAAAGUAUCGUCCGUGAAUCAGAAUCUAGUGAUGAUGAAUAUUUCGAUUGUGAAGAAGAUUUUGGAGAUGAUACGUCACUUGCUAAAUGGAGCUCAUUGGAUAUAUUGAAUGAAAAAGAUGAUGCACCAGUAGUAACAUUAAAUAAACAAGAUGACAGUAUAUUUUCACCGUCAUAUUUUCAACGUGUUGCAAGUGAAAGAAAUCCAAGAAAAUUACAUAUACGUGCAUCAGCAAGUAUUGAUAUGUCAUGUCCAGCAUCACCUCAACAUUCACCAACUCAUCAACCAUGUAGAACAACAGUAUUAUUAAUUGUAAUGCAUGCUGGUAGUGUACUUGAUGCAAAUGUUGAUUUAACAGCUAAAAAAUCAGAUGUAACAACAUUUAGAGGUGCAUUUGAAUCAGUUAUGAGACAACAUUAUCCAACAAUGGUUGGACAUAUUGCAAUAAGAUUUGUAUCAUGUCCAUCAAUAUGUACUGAAGGUCUUGGUAUAUUAUCAAGUUUAAGUCCAUAUAGUUUUGAUGUAUCACCAUCAUGUAUUGAUACACCACAAGUAACACAUGAUACAAUACCAAUUGGUGCAAUACCAAUGCUUGCAACAUCAACACCAGAUUAUCAAGAUUCAAUAACAAAAGUUAUAAAUAGUGCUAAUCAAAUAUAUUCAGAUUUUAUAAAAUGUGAUGAAGGUAAAGGUUUUGCUGGACAAAUAUCAUUUAUUGGUGAUUCAGUUGGUUCAAUAUUAGCAUAUGAUGCAUUAUGUAGAACAACAAAUUCACAAUCACGUCAUGAUAGUGAAAAUAGUAUACUUGAUAAUGACAAUCAACAAAUUAUAAAUAAUAAUGAUAUUGGUGAUGAUGGUAAACAUUUAACAGCACCAAUACCAAGAAGAAGAUCAUCAUCAACAAGUGAAGGAGGACAUACACAACAAUGUAAAUUAGAUUUUGAUGUUUUUGAAUUUUUUAUGUUUGGUAGUCCAUUAUCACUUGUAUUGGCAUACAGAAAAAUAUCAACAAAUGGAGAUAAAAAUUAUUCAAUAUGUCGACCAAUUGUUAAUCAAGUUUAUAAUUUAUUUCAUCCAACUGAUCCAGUUGCUGCUAGAUUAGAACCACUUAUAUCAGCAAGAUUUUCACAUUUACCACCAGUUAAUGUUGCUAGAUAUCAAAAAUAUCCACUUGGUAAUGGACAACCUUAUCAUUUACUUGAAGCUAUUCAAACAAAUCCACAAUUUUUUUGUGAAAGCUUGAAUGCACCAAAUACAUCGCUUCAACAUCUACGACGAAUGUCAGAUAUAUCGAUUCAAAGUACAAUGUCUGGCCUUAUUGACAAUGUUCCAUUUCACACUGUAUCAACAUUAAGUCAAAAAUGGUGGGGUAAUAAAAGACUUGAUUAUGCAUUAUAUUGUCCUGAUGGUUUAACAAAUUUUCCAACAAAUGCAUUACCACAUUUAUUUCAUGCAAGUUAUUGGGAAUCAUCAGAUGUUAUUGCAUUUAUAUUACGACAAAUUGGAAGAUUUGAUUUACCAAUGCUUGGUGGUGAAGAAAAAGAACUAGCAUCAUUUCGUCCAGGUCAACCACGUGAAAAAUGGAAUAAAAAACGUACAUCAGUUAAAUUAAAAAAUGUAGCAGCAAAUCAUCGUGCAAAUGAUGUUAUUGUACGUGAAGGUGCACCACAAAUAUUAAUAGCACGUUUUAUGUAUAGUCCAAUUGAUGUUAUUGCAUUAACUGGUGAAAAAGUUGAUAUACAUGUUAUGAAAGAUGCACCUGGUGGUGAAUGGACAUAUAUUACAACUGAAAUAACAGAUAAAAAUGGUAGAAUAACAUAUAAAAUACCAGAUGAUAAAGCAUUAUCAUAUGGUUUAUAUCCAAUUAAAAUGGUUGUACGUGGUGAUCAUACAUCUGUUGAUUUUUUUAUGGCUGUUAUACCACCAAAUACAGAAUGUGUUGUAUUUAGUAUUGAUGGUUCAUUUACAGCAAGUAUGUCUGUUACUGGUAGAGAUCCAAAAGUACGUGCUGGUGCUGUUGAUGUUGCACGUCAUUGGCAAGAAUUAGGAUAUUUAAUAAUAUAUAUUACAGCAAGACCAGAUAUGCAACAACAAAAAGUUGUAUCAUGGUUAUCACAACAUAAUUUUCCACAUGGUCUUGUAUCAUUUGCUGAUGGUUUAUCAACUGAUCCACUUGGUCAUAAAACAGCAUAUUUAAAUAAUUUAAUACAAGAACAUGGUGUUAUAAUACAUCAUGCAUAUGGUUCAGCAAAAGAUAUUAAUGUUUAUACAGCAAUUAAUUUAAAACAAAAACAAAUUAUUAUUAUUGGAAAAGUAUCAAAAAAACAACAAUCAUAUGCAACAAUAUUAACUGAUGGUUAUGCGGCACAUUUAACACAAUUACAAUCACAUGGUGGAUCAAGACCAGCACAGGGUAAUGCUAGAAUGGUUAUACCAAGAGGACAAUUUGGAUUACCUGGUUUAAAUUCAUCACUACGACGAAGAAGUUCUUUUAGAUCAACAAAACGUGCAAUUUCACAUCCAGGUUUUGUUGGUAAAACUGAAAUUUUGGAAAGAAGCACGAGUGUUGGACCAAUUGGUAAAUCACGUAAUUCUAGAACAACAAAAUCAACAACAUCAUCUGAUAAACUAUGACGUUUUGCUCGUUGCCGUUCAUUUUUUGAAUCACGGCAGUAAAAAAAAGAUAAUAUAUAUUGACAAUGAGGAAAGUAAAAAUACUGUUGACCAUUAAAAAUUUAGAAAAAAAAAAAAAAAUAGGAAACACUAUCCGGUCUUUCUGCUCAGUGCAUAGUUUAUUUUUUAUACAAUCAUGGACAUUCCAUCGAGCUCUUCCGCUUGAUAAAAAAAAAAAAAAACAUUUGUUAUACAAAAUAAAAAAAAUAAAAUACAUGAAAAAUAUAUUAUCGAUAUUUAUGAUAAAUUAUUGUUGAAUACUGUUACCUGAAUUCUACGUUGUUAAGACUUAAAUCGUGACUAAAAAAAAAGUUGCUAAAAUUAAUUAAGGAAUUGGGAUUUAUAUUUAAAAAAAAAAAAAGCAUAUAAUAAAUUUU